AUGGAGGGAGGGGCUGACAACCAGGGUGCAGGAGAGCACGGUAGGCCACCAGUAAGACAGAGUAUGUGCCGGGGUUAUAGCCCACGAUUCUGCAGGGGCCCUCCUCGCCAAAGGCAGCCCAGAGAGGACGGCAAUGAAGAGGAUACAGAGAAUCAAGGAGACGAGACCCAAGGUCAGCAGCCGCCUCAACGUCGGUACCGCAGCAACUUCAAUGACCGACGCAGACGCCCAGAAAACCAUAAACCACAAGACGGCAAAGAGACAAAGGCAGCCGAUCCACCGGCUGAGAGUUCCUCGGCCGGAGGCUGA